AACAAAUUUGUGUAGGAUUUGUAAAACAAAAAUUCUUCAUCUGUUCAACAAGCAAAGCAAAAACAGAAAAUUUCAUUUCUCACGCUUUCGUAAAUCCUUCAAUUUCCCCAAUGAAUAAUUCUUGAAGAUUCUAGGGUUUCGUUUCUUCGAUUCAGAAAAUGACCAACAGCAACAGCAACGGCAACAGUAGCAAGAAUCAGAAGCAAGAUCUGGGGGCAUACUUCCUGGAGCUGGCGCGGCUCGGCGCGGCGCGGGGAGCUAGAGGCGUGGAGGAGGAGGAGGAGGCGCCGAUCGAUCUGAACACAAUCAACAGCUCGGGCGGGUUCCUGGUGGUGUCGCCGGACAAGCUCUCUGUAAAGUACACGAGCGUGAACCUGCACGGGCACGACGUCGGCGUGGUGCAGGCCAGCAAGCCGGCUCCGGUUAAGCGCCUCGUCUACUACUUCGAGAUUUUCGUCAAGGACGCUGGGGCGAAGGGCCAGAUCGCUAUUGGCUUCACCCCCGACUCUUUCAAGAUGCGCAGGCAGCCCGGGUGGGAGGCAAACAGUUGUGGAUACCAUGGGGAUGAUGGAAUGCUUUAUCGUGGACAAGGAAAGGGAGAUCCUUUUGGCCCAACCUACACAACUAAUGAUAUAGUUGGUGCUGGAAUUAACUAUGCUUCACAUGAAUUCUUUUUCACUAAAAAUGGGGCAGUAGUAGGAACAGUGUACAAUGACAUGAAGGGCCCCUUAUUUCCAACCGUUGCUGUUCACAGCCUAAAUGAAGAGAUUCAUGUCAACUUUGGGCAGAAACCAUUUGCUUUUGAUCUUGAGGAUUUUGAGAAACAAGAGAGGAUGAAGCAACAAACGACUAUUGAGAAGAUAUCUUUGCUGCCAAAUGUCAGUUAUGGAAUUGUUCGCUCCUACUUACUACAUUAUGGCUAUGAAGAUACUCUAAAUUCGUUUGAUAUGGCUAGUAAAACUACCAUGCCUCCUGUCUAUAUGGCUCAAGAGAAUGGCUUUAGUGAGCAGGAUAUCACAUAUGCAUUGAACCAGAGAAAGACUCUUCGACAGCUAAUAAAGAGAGGGGAGAUUGAUGCUGCACUGGGUAAACUUCGUGACUGGUAUCCCCAGAUUGUUCAGGAUGAUAAGUCAGCUACCUGCUUUCUUCUUCACUGUCAGAAGUUCAUUGAAUUGGUUCGUGUUGGGGCACUGGAGGAAGCUGUGAAGUAUGGAAGGAUUGAAUUGGCUAAGUUUUUUGGGCUGGCUGGGUUUGAAGAUUUUGUACAGGACUGCGUUGCCUUGUUGGCAUAUGAACAGCCACGGGAGUCAUCGGUUGGAUAUCUGCUUGAAGAGUCACAGCGAGAAGUUGUGGCUGACACAGUGAACGCCAUGAUCUUGUCAACAAAUCCCAACUUGAAAGACUCACAUGGUUUCUUGCAAUCAUGUCUUGAGAGGUUACUCAGGCAGCUUACUGCUUGCUGCUUGGAGAGAAGGUCCUUAAAUGGGGAUCAAGGUGAAGCUUUCGGUCUGCACAGAGAACUCAACAUGGGUAAGAAUUCCAAACGCUAGGUCAUAUACUAACCACUGCUUCCAUCGUCCCCUUGUUAAUAGCCAGUUUACCUUUACUCAAACUGUUGCAAGUGAUCAGAAUGGUUUUAGGGUAUGGUUAUACUGUAUAUAGAGGCUCCCCAUGAUACCUAGCUGAUACGCAGUCCACGGGAAGAAUGGGAUGUUCUCUACAUACACCUAUAGAAGCUUGUAACCUCACCAACUUUAUAGCUUGAACCAAAAAGUUUAAUUGAAUUGAGUGGUGGUUCCAAUAUUGAAAAUUCUUAGAUAA